UACCCGUUCACUGAAUAACUAAAACGCUACGAACUGUAGUGCAGCUGCAUCAGGUAAUGUCAUGCUAGCAUUUGUGUAUUCACUGAUAAAGAUGUUUAUGCUUACAAACAGGGCUAUAACUAGUCAAUUCAAGUAGUAAAAUACACGUAGAGGUCGUAGAAUAAAGGGGAGGUCGCCAAAAUCGUAUGUGAUUCACUAUGUCCAGAGAUACUGCGGCUAAAGGAAUAUUUGAUGAUAUCAAUAGUAUCAAAGGGGAACAGACAAUACUACACGAUGCACUCGGAGUACCUUUCCCAGUGAAUGAGAUCGAUGGUUUCUACUACUCUCCUGUAGUGAGGUUUACUUUACAUGAGGAAAUGAAGACUUUGAAAAUCAGGGAAAAUGACAUCAUCUUCUGCUCUUAUCCACGAUCAGGUCAACACUGGAUGUGGAACAUUGUUUACAGAUUGACACAUGACAUGAAUGAGGCUCCAAACGGUUAUGAAGCAUUCUGCAUGCCUGAAAUGGUUUCACAUGGUUUAGAUGAAGUACCUUCACCUCGGCUUAUACGUACUCAUCAAUUACCUGAUUCGCUACCCCAGGACAUAUGGAAGAAGAAAUGCAAGGUCAUCAAUAUUGUCCGCCAUCCUAAGGAUGUUUCAUGUAGUCUCUAUAAGCACCUCUCAACCUGGAUGGCAUACGAGUAUGAUGGCACAUGGCAGGGUUUCCUACCUAGCUUUCUGAAAGAAGAAGUUCCUUGGAACGGAUGGUUCAAACAUGUACGAGCCUACAGCAAGAAAGCCGAAGAAGCUGACAUUCUGCUUGUCACUUAUGAAGAAUGUAAAAGGGACACAUUGGGAACCAUAAGAAAGUUAGCAAAAUACAUCGGCGUAGAAAGAAGCGAAAAGGAUUACAAACAAUUGGUGGAGGACACACGUAUUGAAUCAAUUCAGACAAGGAAUGUAGACUAUAAUGCGUAUUCAAAGGGUGGUCGGGGAAGCGAUGUUAUGUUCAGACAAGGUAAAGUUGGGGAUUGGAAGAAUCACUUUACUGAAGCACAAAACGAAAUGUUCAACAACGUCUACAAGGAUAAACUAAAGGAUAUGACGCUUUUGUAUGACAAUAUUCUAGACUCUUAACUGCGUUUAAACGCACUCGGAGGGAUGUGUUACGCAUAUACACCCCAUGCAGACAGAUC